AUGAAGAGCACUCAGAGCAACAGCAGCAACAGCGUGAGGAACCAUUUCAUCCUGGUGCACGGCCUCUGCCACGGCGCGUGGUGCUGGUACAAGGUGGUCGCGGCGCUUGAGGCAGCGGGGCACCGCGUCACGGCAGUCGACCUCGCCGCUUCCGGCGCCCACCCGGCGCGCGUCGACGAGGUGCACUCGUUCGAGGAGUACUCGCGGCCGCUGCUCGACGUGCUGGCCGCGGCGCCGGAGGGUGACGGCGAGAGGCUGAUUCUGGUCGGGCACAGCCAUGGCGGGCUCAGCUUGGCACUAGCCAUGGAGAGGUUCCCCGGCAAGGUCGCCGCCGCCGUGUUCGCAGCCGCCGGGAUGCCGUGUGUUGGCAAGCACAUGGGCAUCACCACCGAGGAGUUCAUGCGAAGAAAAUCAUCCGAAGGACUCAUCGACUGCAAGAUGCUGCCAAUCAAUAACAACCAGGGUGCGGGGGUUGCAAUGAUAAUGGGCCCAGACUUCUUAGCACACAAGAACUACCAGCAAAGUUCACCUGAGGAUUUGGCCCUGGCAAAAAUGUUGGUGAGGCCAGGAAAUCUGUUCAUGGAGGAUCCGGCGAUGAAGAACGCAAGCCUACUCACCGAUGACAACUACGGGUCGGUCAAGAAGGUAUACGUGGUAGCCAAGGCUGAUGGAUCCAGCACCGAGGAGAUGCAGCGUUGGAUGGUGAUGUUGAGCCCUGGCACGGAGGUCGAGGAGAUCGCCGGAGCUGACCACGCCAUCAUGAGCUCGAGGCCUAGGGAACUCUGUGAUGCUCUGGUCAAGAUCGCCAAUAGCUUAAAUACUUGCUAA